AGACAUUUUGGAACAAUGGGGAUAUACGCUUGGUUCUUUUUGGCUAUCAUCAGCACAGCAUACGCCGCACCAUGGCGUUGCUGCAAAGCCCAAGAUGGCAGCACCAUAUGCUACGGCGAAGUCGGUCAGCCCACCAUCAACCCCCCCACCAUCUGCGUAGGCAAGCAGCUACCCCCGUGCGCCUGCCCUGCUACCAUCUACACACCACCUGUGUGCCCCCCACCACCUUGCCCCUCACCUUGUCCCCCCCCGCCGUGCCCCCAACCAUUCAUACCACCAUGUGGACAACCUUGUUAUGUUUGAUCUGAUAAUGGUCGGAAGUUUGUUGGUUGUUUCAUCUAAAAUGUUUCAAUAAAUUGUAAAAAGAAAUUUUAUUUUUUGGUAUUUUUUCUAAAAUUAAUGUUAUUUGGAUACUCAAAAUGCACAAUUUGGAAAUUAAUUUUACUUUAGAAUCUUAAAAAAAAUUACAAAAAAGAGUAAU